UUUUAUACUGUCUUGUUCCUGAUCGGUUUAGAGGUCGGGAUCGUUGUUAUAUAAAAGGUGAUGAUUGCGCAAUCAAGUAACCGGUUGUAAACAAAAAACGGAAACAGUUUUCGUUUGCUGGUUUCAAAAGUUUGGAGAACAUGAAAGGGAAUCCUGUCAGAUUUGUUGUUUUAAGAUUCUAAAGUGGAUGAAAACGAAGAUUCGUUAAAAGAUCUAAUCAAACAUGCAAAGAAGAGGCCAGAGUAUACCCGCAUGGUGUCAUGGGAAUUUAAAAAUGAAACCAAAAUACCAAACAGAAAGAAGAAGCAGCUGCAGACAGAAUCCCUUAAAGAGCGAGAGGCAAGUAAGGCUAACAUGGCUAAUGACGAAAAAGACAAGAUGGAGUUCUCAUCCUCAGCAUCAUCAGCACAGGGAGAAGAUUGUGGUUCAGAGAGUUCAUAUCACUCAGACGAGGAAGAAAUGGACUCGCAAGAAUCUACGGGGAGUUUGGAGGAAGCUGUAGAUGAGAUUAAUUUACAAAAUGAUGCAUGUUUCAUGAAUUAUCCUUCACAGGCAAACACUCGACACAGGGCUCCAAGUAAAAAGCAGAAACGUAAAAGACGGGAUAAAAUGACCUAUUGUGAUCAAAUUCUGCCAUUUAUGAAUUGUGGACUGACCAUUGAGGAGGAUAUCCAAGAAGUUGUGUCUGAAAUCCAGGGGAAACAAAUUAGUGUGCUAAGGGAGGUCCCAAGUCUGUCCUUUCUAUGUAUUAAGAUGCUGAGAGGAAUUAGGUUCCCUUCUGAAUCUAUGCCCCAUCUAAUUAAGUCCCAGAUCUAUGGUGCUAACACAUACUUACAAUUUAAGAAAUUUCAGUAUGAAUGGCUGUUAAACAUGCUGGCUUUUGUGGAAGAGGAAGAACAGUUUUUGUGCUGGAAAAGAAAAACAGGAUUCACAGAACUUUCUCCAGUAUCAGCUCUUCCAAUGUGCAGUGUGUGGUAUCCUCUGCCUUAUGUGAAGGGAGUAAACACUCUGCGACAGUUUACCGCUGUUUACAACAAGAACAAAGUGACAGCUUGUAUGAUGUACACAGGUGGACAUUUAUUAGUGUCCCCACCCCCCGUGUGGCUUGAUGUUUCUCACAUAUUGCAGUUUAUGCCUUGGUUUUUGUCAGUACUGGGAACUUUAAUUGAAUGCAUGCUUCCAUCUCAAAUAUCUCGGAGGAAACCAAAGGGAAAAUUCUCCUAUCAGAGUGAGGAGGCACAACUUAGAAUGGCCGCCAAAACUGCCAGUCAAAGAAUAAAACAUACACUAAUAUCUAAAAGACUUCCAAAAAUUGUCAAAGAGUUCUUUGAUGUGGCCCUACCUUAUGCAUUCUGGGCUAGAGGAGAUAUCCAGCAUGCAACAGAACUGUUCUGUCAGCUUUCUCAAUCAGAAAAAAGAUAUAGAUAUAAGGCAGCAUUUUUAAAUGAAGCAGGUCGAAUGCAUGCCAUAUCAGGAGAAACAGCUACAGCUGCUAAAUUUUAUAGAUUAGCUUCAGAGACCGUCCUGUCUAAACCCCAAAAUACCAAGCAUACUCCUGAAAUAGAAGCACAGACUAUGAUGCUUUUGGCCAAUCUGUAUGACCAGGGGAGUAUGAAGGGGAAGGCCCAGUCUUCGUGGAACUCCUGGAAGGUUCUGUUUACUUGUGAAUCUCACGUCUCAGAUGAUGCAGCAUUGGCCGCAGUAGAACACUGGCUCUGUUUUCAUGCUGGGUCAUGGCAAGGUGACUACAUAGAUGAAUCAGUCAGACGCCUUGUUCCUCUGUGUUCACAACAUCCCCAGCUUCUGUACCAUCUCUCCUUAUUUCACGCUCUCAGAGGAGAUGCUCACAACUCACUGAAAUGUUACUGUGAAUUCAGAGAUCGAGUUCUUGGUCCUCAUCUUCCUGGGGAGGAUAUGGCUCGCAAACGAACAGAUAAUCCAUGGCUCCCCCUGAUGGAUGUAGCCAGAAAACAAGGGCAGAUAACCUGUAUACCUGUUCUCUGGAGAACUCAGCUCAGACCUUUGUGUGUUCAAACAACUCCUAGAGUUACCCAAGAAGCAGAUGUUGUCUCAGAACAGCUUAAUUUAAGAAUGACAUCAGAAGGAUUUCUGACAGGAGAUAUGCAGCUUCUGCUGCCCCCUACUGGUGGAAUUUAUCUAGAUCCAUACACAGGGAUGAUUACUUAUAACAACAAUGGGACCGCUCCGUGGAGGGGGGUCAUGAAGUCUGUGGAUCCCUCAGACCCCUGGAGACUCGUGAUACCCACCCCUCUAGAGGUCUACCAUGAUGAGGACGGGGCACGCGUCCAUCUGUUGAUGACCUGCCAGACUAAUGUCCGGGCGUAUAAGUGCCACGAAUUCAGGAAUAAUGUCAGUCAUCUGAUUUGGCAAGGGCCCAGUGGUAGAAAGGUCAAGGUCAAUCUCAUCAACAAAUUUGCAGACAUAAUCUAUCAGAGAGUGGAAGAGGAGUUGAAACAUAAGGUAUCUUUUCCAGAAGAAUCUCAAAGACAGAUAGCUCUAGAUAUUUUGAGGACAGUACACAAUACAGGAUGUACAAUGGAUGCAUAUGCUAUUGCCAUGUGUGCUAAAAAUGAAGCCACUACAAAUCCCCAAAAAUCGUCAACUAAAGACAAAGGAAAGAAAAAGAAGGAAAAGAAAAGGGAAAUGAAGGGAGGAAGAAGGCAUGCAUAUAAACUGGUGACAGAACCUCUCAUGUUUGGGAAGGCUGUAGCCAUGAUAUUCGACCAUAUUAAACCAUAUAUAGCAUCGCACUUUCUUGUGAUAGCAAACUGUUCUUCAGCGGAGAAGUUUUUGGAAAUGAAAAUCUAUUACAAAGGGAAAUGGUCCCAAGAAUUCAUACUCUACAGUGAAAGCCAAGAGAACCCCUACACUGUACGGCCAUGUCAGUUGUAUCAGGGCUACAGAAUCAACAAUGCUGAAGUCAUUCACUUUUAUAGUUCACACAGGUUAAUUGAAAUAUAUGAUCAAGAUGGUUCAUUGAUUGAAACUGUACAUCAAAAUGAUUACAUCGGACAUGGAGGUCUACUACAGAGAAGCAUUUACAAGAAACAAGUGUACCCACUGAUAAUAAAAGACCAACUUAUAGCUAUCAGUGACCAGAAAAGACUGUGGUGCUGGAGGGAUGGAGAAGAAUUCUACAGUCCAGAUAUAAAGGAGGCCACCUCUGUAGCAGCCUUUGGGGACGUUGUGAUUGUUCUGAUGGAGAACAAGACACAGUUUGUGGCAGCUCAUCAGCUCCGAAUUCUCAACAUUGAUAUUACAAAACCCUGUCAAAGCGAUUUGAAGCUGAAGAUAGGAGAAAGCAGACAGGAGAUAGAGCAGAGCUUUAACACUAUUCAGGUGUUGUCUACACAGACAGUGACCAGGGACAGUGGGACUUACCUCUGGUGUAUAGCAGCAUUAGACAGAACCUUAGUGUGUCUGGAAGUACCCUCAGAUACCUCAAAGUGCACAGAGGUCACUGUCUUCCUGACCUUGACCUUGGCAGGUUCUCCUGUGGAAGCCUACUUUAUCAGUACAUCAGUGGGAUUUCUGGUGACCUUCACCCAGCACAGUGCCCAGUCUGAGGCCUACACAGAACACCUGUGUCACUACAGCUUUGAUGGUAGACUGCUGGGGGUACUCCCCUGUCUGGGCCCCGGACCCAGGUCCUUCUGCCACGCCCACCUCCCAGCUGACCCUGAGGGAGGGAGCGGAGGGCUGUACCUGUACAUGAGGGACGGUCACAAUGGAAUCAUGGGAAUUCACUUGAAUGACCAUCACCUUUAAUGGAGUGCUUUCAUAGAACUGGGAGCCUUUUAUCUGACGAUUUUUGACAUUUGUAGCUAAUAUGUUGCAAAUUUUAAAAGCCUGGGCAUAGAAAGAAAAUGAAAAUGCAGUAAAUUAGAAUUUCAUUCUCUCAGUUAAAAUUACCAAGCGCUGCUGAUCCAUUGAUUAAAUCUUUGAUCUUUUUGAA